CUUUCUGCUGAUCUUUGUUUCAGACGUGACGGCAGCGUGCUUGCGCAUCUUUCCAUAGCAGAAAAGACACAAGACAGUAGACCAAAAUGCCAAGUCCAACGGGUGUGCUUGCGAAGUACAGUGCCGCAAACAAGCUCUACAAGGGCUCGUUGCUCAAUGCAGUGUGCUUCGUAGCCUCUCUAAGCGUGUUCUUCUUCGGUUACGACCAAGGUUUGAUGGGCGGCGUCAACACUGCACGAAACUAUGCUGAAUUGAUGGGGUUUGGUCACUGGGACGAGCAGCAAAAGAUUGUUGUCGUUGAUAAACCAUUGUUGCAAGGGGGCAUCGUCGCCGUUUACUACCUUCCCGGAACGCUUGUGGGAUGCCUAAUUGGAGGCUGGUUUGGUGAUAGAUAUGGCCGCCUCAAGACUAUUGCCGUCGCAUGCAUCUGGUCUAUCUGCACUGCGGCUCUUCAAACCGCUGCCCAAAAUGCGGAUUGGAUGUUUUGUGCACGAGUCUUGAAUGGCAUCGGCACCGGCAUGUUGAACGCCAUCACUCCAGUCUGGGCAACAGAAGUAGCUUCUCAUACAUCCAGAGGCAAAUUUGUUGCCAUAGAGUUCACUCUCAACAUCUUUGGCGUUGUUGUUGCAUAUUGGCUACAAUUCGGCACGUCCAAGUAUAAAGACCCCAAUUCAUCCUUCAUCUGGAGAUUCCCCAUCGCCUUCCAGAUCAUCCCUCUCAUCGCUCUGUUCAUUAUGAUCUGGUUCAUGCCAGAGUCCCCACGGUGGCUCGUAAAGGUAGGCCGAGAAGAGGAGGCCAGGUUCAUCUUGGGCAGACUCCGUGGAAACGAGGGCGAGGAUGCAAAGGCUGCAGAGGCAGAGCUGCAGGAAAUCAUCAGCAUCAGGAACCUGGAGCACGACACCGCCAAACAGCAGAGUUACUUUGCCAUGUUUUUCGGGAUAGGUUCAGGCAAACUGCACACCGGCCGCCGUGUCCAACUUGUCAUCUGGCUUCAAAUUCUGCAAGAGUGGGUGGGCAUUGCCGGAAUCACGAUUUACGGUCCUACGAUCUUCACGAUUGCCGGCAUCAGCUCCGAGCAGCGUCUCUGGGUCAGUGGUGUGAACAACAUCACCUACAUGUUUGCAACCUUGAUUUGCGUGUUUACUAUAGACCGUAUCGGUAGACGUUGGACCCUGUACUGGGGUGCUGUUGCCCAAGGCAUCUGCAUGUUCUGUGCUGGAGGCUUGGCAAGAGCAACUCUAAACGCUAAUCCCGGUAACCGCUCUGGACUGGGCGGUGCCGCAACCUUCUUCGUAUUCCUGUAUACCGCGGUCUUUGAGAUCUUCCCUCUCCAAGUACGUGCCAAGGGCAAUGCAUGGGGCGUCGUUGGAUGGUCAAUAGGAAACGGAUGGACGGUGCUUCUUCUCCCUACAAUCUUCGAGAAGCUCAACGAAAAGACACUUUACCUCUUUGGUGCCGUCAACUUCGUCUCCCUCGUUGUUGUUUGGGCCCUUUACCCCGAGUCGAACCAACGCACUUUAGAAGAAAUGGACCUCGUCUUUGCCAGCGACAGCAUUUGGGCGUGGGAGGCUGAGAAGGAGUUUGCUAAGCUCAAGGCCGAGAAUCCUUCUCUUGUUCACUCGGCACACAUGGGUCAUGGCGUUGUCGACGCUGAGACUGGUGUGACUCCAAGCAAGGUAGACAAUACUCAUAAGGAGUAG